GUUCAAGAUGGCGGACAAUACUUGACAUGUCAAAGGAAAACCACGGAACUGUACGUGAAAUAAAUUUCUCCAGUACACAUUAUCCAGUCUGCAAUUUUACUUCUACUUUCAAUAACAAGAUGGUGAAAUAGGAAAGUAGAUUCUGCGAACGUUCACUUGCUUUACUUUCGUUAUGAGGAUUGAUAAGCUUCGUUAGUUGGAGGGCAUUACUGUAGCCGUCAUGUCUGAAAUGCAAGAUAUCUUAGCUAUGGAGAGAACCAACAAGGAGAGGACUGAUAUAGUGCAUAGAUAUGACAGGGGUCGUGAAGAUGGUGCAAGCAUUGACCCAUGGGAGGAUGCAUCCUAUAUAAUCUACAAACUCACAGAUAAAUACGGCUUUUUGCAAGAGCAUGAGCUACCGCCAAGUCCAGAUGAAGAAGAGAGAAAGCUUCGGGAUCAAGAAAUAGAGAGGACAAAAAAAUGGCUGAAAAUGAUCAAAGAUUGGAAGCGUUAUUACCCCAGUGAAAAGGCUUCAAGACGCAUCUACAAGGGCAUUCCGGACAAACUGAGAGGAGGUAUCUGGGCACUGCUUCUUGACUUGAAGAAACUUAAAGAUGAACAGCCUAACGUGUAUGAGAGGAUGCGAAUACGAGCCCGUAAGAUGUCACCAGACAUCCGGCAGAUUGAUCUGGACGUGAACAGAACAUUCCGGAAUCAUAUCAUGUUCCGUGAUCGCUACGGCAUCAAGCAGCAAGCGUUAUUUCACAUCCUCUCUGCAUACUCAAUGUAUAAUACGGAGGUCGGUUAUUGCCAAGGGAUGAGUCAAAUUGCUGCAUUGCUUCUGAUGUACAUGAACGAGGAGGACGCAUUCUGGGCUCUACAUGUCCUCUUGACAGAUACUAAGCAUGCUAUGCAUGGUUUUUUCAUCCCCGGGUUUCCUAAGUUGAUAAGAUAUCAGGAGCACCAUGAACGCAUCUUGAAGAAGUUCCUGCCGAAAGUCAAGAAGAAUUUUGAAAAGUUAGAAAUCCACACGAGUCUGUAUUCUAUGAAGUGGUUUUUCCAGUGUUUCUUAGAUCGGGUUCCGUUCCCACUGACAUUACGGUUAUGGGAUAUCUACAUGCUGGAAGGGGACAAGAUCCUCAUAGCAAUGUCAUUCAACCUCAUGAAGAUGCAUAGGAGAAUGCUUCUAAAAAAAGACAUGGAGACUAUAGUCAGGUACCUCCAAGAGUCACUUGUCAAUGACUUUGGCUACAAAGACGAUGAGGCAAUAGAAUCCCUUCAGGAAAGUAUAGCAGACCUGAGGAGAGCCAAGUUACUUGUACCCCCUACGCCAAAGGCAACGGAGCUGCCACAAGUCCCCUUCGGCCUCUCGAGGACGCCGAGCAUCAGCCAGGCCACGGGUCUCAGGUCCCCAAUGCAGCAGAUGAGCAACGGCCGAGGCAAACAGGUGGUCUCAUCAUCCGGCACUCCACCCCAAACACCAACAGCCUCACCCAGCACCACCCUGUCCGUAUCCAAUUCAACCUCGCUGCAGACAUCGCCGGAGAAGCGCAAUAAAUCAGAGGACAACUACUACAGCAGCAUGACGUCGUUUGAGAGUCAGUUCUCCACGCAGGUAGCACUGAGCAAUGCCAUGCCUGAGCCCUUACAGAGGAGAGCUCCACGCUCACCGACCCAAUCAGAUCAGUUUGCGCAAACUGACGAAGACGAUGAUCACACACCGACGCAGAAAGAUUUCUUGGAGUACGAGGCUAGGAUCAAGGGUAAAAACGGGGAUUUCAAAGCGGACAAACGUAUAUUACAAUCGAGCUUGAGCUCCCCGCCUGGUGAGAGGCCGCAGAGUCUGCCACCCUCAAGCCCCACGAUGUCGGAUCCCAUGGAGCGUAGGUUAUCGUUGUAUGAUAACAUAGACGUAUAUUACAACGACACCUAUGAGGUGGAUAUGGAGGAGUCCUUAGAACGUUUGAAUACUCCGACUGAUCACCAGCCCUUCACAAUGGGUGAACAUGAAACAUUAUUAUACACCCCAGUGGCCGGUAACUCACCAGCACGAUCUGCGGUGAGUGGUGCGCGACCAGGUGUGAGUGGUGCCCCGUAUCGAGAGACCAGGCAACCUGCGCAAUCGUCUCCCGCUCAGUAUACCCCCUACGCUGGCCCAUCUUACGCCCCCGUCCCAGCAGCCCAAGCUCCUCCCCCUCCACCAAGAAGCCUACCAGUGAAUGAGGUACACCAGUUUAGUGGGGAUUCGUCUCCGUAUCGUGUUCGUCGUAUCAGCCCGGAACGAGACGCCUACGGUGGGGUCAUGUACGCCACUCAGGCAACGGUAGAAGGUCAAGCAGUCAGACCUAAGACCCUACACAGUCCUGUCAAUGGAGUGCCCUACUUUAAGACUCAAACUACGUACAUAUAAAAUUAUUAAGUAAGCUUCAAUCAUUAUUUAUCAUUGUCUAUUUAUCUAUUAACAUAAUGAACUCGUUAUUUAUCCCAAAAAUCAUUAGAGCAUUGACAAAGUGAAAAGGCUUUGCUACUUUUAAAAGAACAUUUUUUAGGUGUAUUUGUUUAUGUAGCUGUAAUAGGAAAAAUGUUAAGAAAAUUAAUUGAACUUAAGUAAAAAAGUGAUUUUUUUUUUAACGGAGUUUGGGGAUUGUCAGUAUGCGAACAAUGUGUUGUUAGGAGGCAGUGUUAAUUUGUCUGCGGCUGUUGCUAGUGGCUUUCUUGUUAGUGUGUUGAAGUAUUGGCAGACGUAAUGAUCUUGCCAUAGUCAGAGCCACAAGUCGCCUUAAGUGCACCCUGAUCAAAACACACCGGUCCGGAUCACUCUGGGGUAACUAUUUUCGAUUGGGUUUUCAGUCCCAAUCUGGCUGCUUGGGUCUACCCUGUGACUAUUUCUCUAUGGUUUUCCUCCCUCAUCUAAAACUGAAAGUUCUUUCCUUGUCUUCUAUCCAUUGAGUUCUUGGCUAGUGCAGUGAUUAAGUUUGCUUUUCUGAGAGUCCUUGGCUUUACAAACUUUAACACAGCUCGUGGUAGUACCGUUCAGGAUGGCUGUAUUUUCCCAGUGAAUCAGCCUCAGUGGCAAUAGUUGUGGCAUUUUUUGUGGCGUGGCAGUUUCUUAGAUUGUCAGCUUUCGUCUAUGGCUCAUUUGGCCUAGUAUGCAGGGAUGAGAUUUGUCAGACUUUUAUCUGAAUUCAGACUUUUUAAGUCAGCCUGGUGAAGAAAAUCAGCCGUUACUUUUUCCAUAAUAUAAAAAAACUGCUCUUUGAUCUACUUCUCUAGUGCUGAGAACACUGUUCCUUAGAGCUCAGCGGAAUCUAUAUCUCCAGGGGUUACCAUUCAGGUGGAAAAGCCAUAAUUUCAACAUACAUCAGCAGAGUUUGUAUCCUACAUGUGUAGUUUCAUAUUUUAUGUUUGAUCUUUUGCAAGUCCGAAAUUGUGACUUGAGAGGUGACUCUCAAGUCCGGUUCCUGGACUCGAGUGCUACAGCUCUAGCAGUUGUGUGCACAUCACAAGACUACAUUUUUUAGCUGCCAUUCUUGGGUUUUUUUUAACGACAAACUUUGCUUAAAAAAUGAAUUGCUGCCUGUCAUGCUGGAUUGAAACAUUUUAUAAAAAACUUACAUUCAAUUAUCACAGGUUAAUUUCAUUUUAAUUUUGGAAACUGGAGGUGGAUUAAAAAUGAUUUUAUUCUCCCCAACACCAAUGAUAUUCCAUAAUGUAUUAAUUUUGUUUUUAUUUCACUGUAAAAAGGUUUUUAUAUAAUUAUAUGUUUCUUCAGAAAGAUGGAACCAAAAAUCAAACAACCAAAGUUGCUUCAUAUGGGCCAUUGUUUUUUGUUUAUACAAACAUAAUUUGAUUGUAUGGAGAAACAUUUGUAGGAAUGUGAUAACGAUUUGGAGUUGUAUCCAGUCACAGUGUACAACUCCUUUACAGUAUUUUUUACCUGGAACUGGGAGUAGCUGCAUGUGUACUUAGUAUGUAAUUUGUUUGGUGAUUUACAACAAACUUUGCCUUUUUUAUUUUGGCGUGUCUUGGAUGAGUGGUCCCAAGUUCAGGUGGUUGAGUCACCAAGGUGUGGGUUCGAAUCCCGUUCGUGACACCUGUGUCUAUGAGCAAGACACUUACGGGCAGUGGACACUA